AUGGUUCAUGACCUCUCACCUGCAUGGCCCCUCUCUGUGACCUCAGGAUCUGGGGCAGGCAUCACUCUCUGGCCCCUCUACACCCCCGCCGCCUGGCUCAGCCAUCUGCCCGCGGGCACAGCUGCCAUGCUGACUUCUGCUAUUGAGCAGCGAGCCUUCCUCUCUGCCGGACUCGGGGUAUCUGCCCCAUCGGAGACCUACCCUUUGCCCAUGACGAGCUCCAGCUGGGAGCCCCAGCUGGACUCCCUGUUACCAUCAGGCCCUUCCACCAGCUCCACAGGGGCCCAAGCCAUGGCUGAGCCCACAGAGCAGGGCCCCAAGAACCCACGUGUGUCUGGUGUGACGGUUCAGCUGGAGAUGAAGGCUCCAUGGGAGGAAUUCAACCAGCUGGGCACAGAGAUGAUUGUCACCAAGGCGGGCAGGAGGAUGUUCCCCACCUUCCAGGUGAAGAUCCUGGGCAUGGACACGCUGGCUGACUAUGCCCUGCUCAUGGACUUCAUGCCUUUGGAUGACAAGAGGUACAGGUAUACCUUCCAUAGCUUGGCCUGGCUGGUGGCGGGCAAGGCGGACCCGACCAUGCCUGGCCACGUGCACUUCCACCCCGACUCGCCGGCCAAGGGCGCACAGUGGAUGCGCCAGAUUGUGUCCUUUGACAAGCUCAAGCUGACCAACAACCUGCUGGACGACAACGGCCACAUCAUUCUCAGCCCCAUGCACCGCUACCAGCUGCGCUUCCACGUGGUCUUCGUGGACCCACACAAAGACAGCGAGCGCUACGCGCAGGAGAACUUCAAGUCCUUCAUCUUCACGGAGACCCAGUUCAUGGCCGUGACGGCAUAUCAGAACCACCGGAUCACCCAGCUGAAAACCACCAGCAACCCUUUUGCCAAGGGCUUUAGGGAGAGUGACCCGGACUCCUGGCCUAUAUCUCCACGGCCCCUGCUCAGCGUCCGGACCCGGAGUCGCAGCAGCCUCUGCCCCUGCCUGCUGAAGGGCUCCACAGAGCAGGAGAAAGACCCCAACAAAGCUCCAGCCUUCACCUCCAGGACCCCUGCCAGGCUCCACCAUCAGCUGCUGGCUCCCAAGGCUCUGCUGGCCUCAGCCACCUACCGGCCCCUCACCUACCAGGGCCUGUACCCUGGAGCCUAAAGCCCCCUCCGAAUCCCAAGGGCCCGACCGACACCAUACCCCCUACCCAAUAUCCAGGCUGACUGGGAUCAGGGGGGCCUCCCCUUCCCAGCUGGGCUGGGGCUCCUCUCCCGCACUGCAGUGCGCCUGGGGCCUGGCCAGGACCCGCAGUGA